GGGUUUGUCUCAUUAUCAUUACAUUUUUCAUUGUUUCCAUAAGAAAUUCGAAUUAAUACAAAUUCCAAGUGUCUCAUCUUCCUGCUGCUGCACUAUUUCCAUGACACGAUAAUUUUAUUUUGAGGUCAUUCGUUUCGACACGAAUUCUUCCGAACGAGGCACGAACGUCACCCGAAACGAAAAGAAGGGCGAUGUUGCACAUUGCGAAGGAAGACAGCUGUCGUAUCGUUUUCAGCUGAUUUUUGUGUACGAGUAUACAACCAGUGAUUGAAGCAAUUUGCGAGGCAGCGAGCAAGUUCGGGUGCUCCGAGAUAAGAUCGCGCAUCAUACGCUGGGAAGGGUCCACGAGUGGGAACGCGAGCUUGGCGACGGGCGAGAACAAAGGGAGAUGGUUCUGUGAGCGGAGCGGUGGUGGUGAGCCGUGACGUCACUCGGACGCGGACGCUCGGGCUCGGCCGAUGAGGCGGGCGCGCUGAGCUCGCGGCGCGGACGGCGAGGCUCGCGGGCCAGCCUGGCCUCCACUGACUCGGGGGACGAGGGCGCAGGCCAUCGGCCGCCGCGCAAACGCACCCGCAGGCUGUCGCCGCCGCAGCCGCAGCCCGCCGCGGCCGCCAUGCAUCAGCCGCCGCAGCCCAACGGCGCGCCGCCGCUGCACCUCAACGGCGAUGCGGCGCGCAACGGCGAGCUGCCCUCCGGCCUGCGCAUGACCCAAACGGACCAGGAGAUCGUGCGCCUCAUAGGACAGCACUUGCUCUCGGUCGGUCUCGAGCGCAGCGCCUCGGCGGUGAUGGAGGAGUCCGGGCUGCACCUGGAGCACCCCGCGGCGGCGCAGUUCCGCGCGCACGUGCUGGCCGGCGACUGGUCCAAGGCCGACCACGACCUGCGCGCGCUGCACGAGCUGCUGCGCGACUCGGCCGCCGUGGCGCCGCGCGACCUGGCCGAGAUGAAGUUCGUGGUGCUGGAGCAGAAGUACCUGGAGCACCUGGAGGCGGGGCGCGUGCUGGACGCGCUGCACGUGCUGCGCAACGAGCUGACGCCGCUGCAGCACGACACGCCGCGCGUGCACCGCCUGUCGGCGCUGAUGAUGUGCGCCGAGCCGCACGAGCUGCAGACGCGCGCGCGCUGGCCAGGCGCGGGCCCGCUGAGCCGCCAGCUGGUGCUGCAGCGCGUGCAGGCCGUGCUGCCGCCGGCGCUGAUGAUGGCGCCGGGCCGGCUGCGCGCGCUGCUGGCGCAGGCCGCGGCGCAGCAGGCGGCGCGCUGCCGCUUCCACGCCGCGCCGCGCCCGCCGCCGCUGCCCGGCGCGCCCGCGCCCAUCCCCUUCUCGCUGCUGGCCGACCACCACUGCUCGUCCGACCACUUCCCCAUCCACCCGCUGCAGGUGCUCAACGAGCACUGCGACGAGGUGUGGUACUGCAAGUGGUCGCCCGACGGCUCCAAGCUGGCUUCCGGCUCCAAGGACAACACCGUCAUGAUUUGGGACUUCGACCCGCAGGCCAAGCGGCUCUCCUUCAGGAAAUCACUGGAGGGCCACUCGUACGGGGUGUCGUACCUGGCGUGGAGCCCCGACGGGCGCUACCUCAUCGCCGCCGGCCCUGAGGACUGCCCCGACCUCUGGAUCUGGAACAUGGAGACGGAGCAGCUGCACCUGAAGAUGACGCACUCGCAGGAGGACUCGCUGACGGCCGUGUCGUGGUUCGCGUCGUCCGACAAGUUCGUGUGCGGCGGCGCCCGCGGGCAGUUCUACCAGUGCAACCUGGAGGGCGAGCUGCUGCACAGCUGGGACGGCGUGCGCGUGAACGCGCUGGCCUGCCGCGGCGAGGGGCUGGUGGCGCUGGCGGCCGACACGCACCACCGCGUGCGCCAGUACGACUUCGCCGAGCCCAAGGCCGACCGCAACCUGCUGCAGGAGGAGCACGCCGUGAUGGCCAUGUGCCUGGACGCCGCCGACUCGCUGCUGCUGCUGAACGUGGCCAACCAGGGCGUGCACCUGUGGGACGUGCGGGCGCGCGCGCUGGUGCGGCGCUUCCGCGGCCUGUCGCAGGGCCACUUCACCAUCCACGCCUGCUUCGGCGGCGCGCACCACGACUUCGUGGCCUCGGGCAGCGAGGACAACAAGCUGUACAUCUGGCACAUGGAGGGCGAGGAGCCCGUGGCCGUGGUGGCGGGCCACACGCGCUGCGUCAACGCCGUGGCCUGGAACCCCGUGCACCACGACGUGCUGGCCACGGCCUCGGACGACAACUCCGUGCGCCUGUGGGGGCCCAAGAGCCACGCGCCCUAGCGGCUCCCCGCCCCCGGGUCGUCGACAGGGUCGCCUCGUUUCUGACUUUCCGUUUCGUUUUUGCGAGUAGCGUUUCCGAUUAGAGUCCGCCGUCCGUCCGUCCGGUUCGUUCGUCCGCCGUAUGCGCAGACGGUUGCUUCGAACGAACCUCCAUGAAUUUGAAUUAAUUAGAACGUUCACUUUCGGUUAUUUCGUAACUCUUUACGAUUCGUGUCACAAAUGUUCACAUUAUUAAACGCCACUCGUAUUCGACGAUGCGUCAACGCGACGCCGACGUCGGAGUCGUCCGGUCGCCGACCGACGACGGCGACGCCGACGAACGCUUCCGUGGAAUAUAGUACAGCUGCACUAGCAGAGUCGUACGUUACAAAGGUGUGCCGGAACUUGAAAACAAACGAGAAAUUGAAAACAUUUAGUGUAGUAGGAAAAGACUUCUUUGAAAGCUGUGAUUUUUUUUUAUAUAAUGCACGUAAUCAUUGUCGUACUUUACUAAUCAUAUCGUAUUUUUUUUGCAACCUUUGAAUUUUAUUUUAACUUCGUAUUCUGGUCGACCGACCUUUCAGUUGAUGACCCGCUGCGGUCAUCGCACUCUGUGGUACGUGACGUGCGAGAACAUACGCCCAGCUAAGUUUCGGUUUUCUGUCUUACUUUUUAAAGUAAUUUUUAAAUUAACAAGGUAAUUUCUGUCUCACUUUUGUAUCUACGACUGACUAAUACUGGUUUGCACCUACAUUGCUUUUCAAAGACUGACGGCCGGUACGCGUCUGGUACCUUAUAUACUUACUGAAAAGGUAAGUGCAAUAAGUAUUUGUAAGUUGAGAAAUCAGUGCCGUACUACGGUAACAAAAUGGAACGGCGAGCACGAGUGCCGCGACACGCGACACGCGACCGGCAAGGCGUUAUUUUUACUAGUGAGAAAUUUAAUAUAAUUAUGACUUCGACUGAAACGACACGUCGCGUCGCGCUCAGCGCCUUGUUUCAUAAACAACUAGACUAGACAAUUGUGGUCCAGUUCAGGAGCCUUACCACGAAUUCUUAUUACAGUUCAGUACAGGCUCGUAACGAGAAAAAAGCGUGAUGGUGAUAUACACUUCAUGUAGCGCUGUCUCACAACGAUUCAUUUUAGGUCCUAAACUGAAUCCUAAUAAGAGUACAUGGUAAGGCCCCAGUUCUCACGCGAUUCGUCACGACUUCGUUUCGAUGCGGGUUGGCUUUUUCUGUAGCCGAUUGUGUGCUAUACGAAGAGUGCCAUUGUCGAGUGCAAAAUAAUCGGAACUAGCAAAAUUUUGGGAGCAUGGCGUUUGGCGGCGGCGCUCGAUGUGACCUAUUCUUUAGUAUUACACUAGCUGUACAGGGUUCUGCAUUCUUCCUAUCGCGAGUGACUGGCUCGGCCCGACGGGGCUUCGAAUUGAUUGCGGUCUCAUUUGACGCGAAAUUAUGUCUCAACCUUUCAACGUUCGCUUUGAUCGAUCUCCUUUGCGAGUAUUUUCGGUAGUUUACAAGGCACUUUUUGGAAAACGAUUUAAAUACCCAUUGUAGAUGUACCAGAAUCGCUUAGCUCUUAAGGCAUGGCUAGUGGAAAAGUGGUACAUUCAUAUUAGCAACACGGGCGUUAUUGGAAUAAGUAAACUUUUAACAUCAACUAUUAUAUUUUUCGGCAUGUCAAUUUGGGUCUCGGUUUUGAAUAAAAAAAGUAUCAGUAGAAAUUACGUCGCUGUGCAGUCAGAUGAACCGGUUCGUGAAAGAUUUGCUAGUAAAUGUUAUUUAAAAUUUUGAUUCUGGUAAACCUGUGCUGUUCUACCAUGUUGGAUGAAAUAAAAUAUUAAAUCGCAGUUACCGGUCAAAGCGGAGAUGCCAAAUUGAGAUUUCUGCUAUAAAAUUGUACAAGACCUGCAACACUUAAAUUGCCCACAGUUGAGAUCGCAGAAAGGCGUUGAUGUACUCAUGCAAAUGUGCGAGAGAUACUGUGCGUAGUGUAGAUACAUAUGAAAUACGUGUGUCUGGGGAGUUACAAAUGUGGAGGUAGGAAGUUAACUUGGGUGCAGAGUCUUGCACAUGUGAAUGAUUGUAGCGGGAAAAGAAAGUCAAGUUGUGGGAUUUCUAUUGAACGACUCUGCAACCGGUUUUCAAGACCACUUCCCACAGGUAACGGUGUGUCAUGAAAGUUGAAAGGGAGAUUAAAAUUGGACUGUAAAGUUCCAAGUUCAUUUUCUACAUUGUAAAAAUCAGAUCGUGUGAGUAAGGUUAGAUAAGGGAUAUCGAUAUCGGAAUUGAUUCGGGGGUUUUUGGGUACUGAAGAAGUAGUUAUAACUCUAUCGACCAAAUAUGCUGCCUCAUUUAGAUCUCGCGUUUCGGGUGCCGAAUUUUUGUCGUCGGAUGCAACUUUCUGUGCCAAUAAAUCAUGUUGGAAUGGCAAAGAUGGCUGACUUGUGUUCUAAGUGUAACCUGCAUAGUUGUUGUCGCAUUGUCUUUAACGAUUGAAAUAUAUUUAAUCCACACGCAUUUCAAAAAAAAAUGACCCGUAUAAAAAUGAGUUUUUAAACUCUGUUUCCGUAGAAUGUAAGCAGUCGUUACACUCGAACGGCAAGUCUGGCCUUCAAUAGCUGCCGGUAUCGGGGUAUAGUAUGAAACGCGAGUGAUCGAACGCAAUAACAAUUAGCAUGUAUCGCUUUGUCGACUCUUAUUGUUAAAACGUAACGUACUCUAAAGAUUAUUUAUCAGUAAGUUAAGGACGGGCGAGAGGAUCACACGCGCAUCGCGCUUGACCCGCGGGCGUGCCUCUCGUGCUCAACACGUACGUAGAGUUCGAUGACGUCACCAUUCGACGGGCAAAGACACCAGCACCGGCAGUAGCGCGCUAUUCGGAUCUACGUAGCAUUAUUCUUAUUAAGGCUCUUUCAUUAACUUAAUUAAGGCUUACUUAUAGCGACAGAUAUAUUUUGUAGCGGAGACCGCUCUCGGCUCUAUUUUUGUACCGACCACUGAGUCUCACAGAGUCUCCAGCCGCCGAGGGCACCGUCGAGGGGCACCGCCUCGGCAGUGACGAUGAUGACAGAACAUAGCACUAACUGUACUCAAUACAUUAUAAUGACAAAUUUUGUAUUAGUCGCGGGCUCCGGGGCCACCACAGGUGCGCUAUAUGCGGUUUUGUAAGCAUUUUCUUUUCGAGGUUUUAUUGUAUUUUUAGAUGUAGUAGGACUUGUGUAGAUUUUCUACCUCGCACAAAUUCACUGGACGCUUCUGUGUCUGCUCCUGCCGAUAUCGGCCGCUGCCGAAUUACAAUUUUGUUAUAAAAAUCAGUUUUAAGCCUUAUAAUGUUACACGGAAAUUAAACCAAUUUUGAGAAUAUUAGUUUGUAUUUAGUUAACAAGGGUAUUGUCGACGCGAAUUUAGCUUCCCGAAGUGAAAUUAACAAAUCGG